AUGAUGUUGCCACUUCGAGCGGCUAAGCUUGUCGCUCCCCCCACCCUCGGAGGCGCACCCUCGAUCUCCAUCACAACCUGCAACAUCAACAGCUUUAUCAAAAACUCCGACGCUCCUGCCAAAGUAUUGGGAUCCACCAUCACCCAAUGUGUUUUCUUUCAAGAGACGAAGAUCGACAACCAGGACCACUUUCGCUCGAUCCGUCGUCACCUGACCAACCACGUCGGAUACAAACAAUACCAACUCUUCGUCAACGACCACCGGACGUCUGUCCACACCACCCUCCAACACCGCAGCAAGGGAGUUGCAACGUUCUUCCACUCGUCCAUGCCCGGUUUCAACGACCUCAAGCCUCUCUGGUCUCUUCGUGUCCCCGAUCGGUACCUCGUUGUCCAAACCAGAUGGAACAACCAGUCUGUCUACUUCCAUGACGAAUACGCCCCAGUCGAGGACAACCUCCGUGCCCCUUUCUUCGAAAGUCAGCCCCGUGAGUUUGAGGUCGACAGCAUCCACAUCGUGGGCGGAGAUUUCGUACUCCCGUUCGACAUCGCGCUUGACGCAACCACGCUCCAUCCUGGCCACAACGCUGGGAAAGUUGAAUGCUUCGAGUGGUUGUCGGCGCUGCGCGCCCGCGUCGGCGCAACCGACUGGACUACAUCUUCAUAG